AUGACCGACUACCUAUCAGACAAGUUAAAGACCUUUCUCGGUGAGCCUAUAGGAGAGAAAUGUGUUGCCUUUGUGGAUGGAGUUGAUAAAGACCUCGCUGUCAAAUUAAUAGACCGUGGUUUUGAUAAGGCAUACGUACUGUUGGGUCAAUUCCUCCUCAUGCACAAGAAAGAAGAAGACUUCCAGAUGUGGCUCAUGCUGGCAUGUGGUGCCACUCAACGAGAAGCCCAGAUGAUCUCCAGAUGCCUUCGGGAGUGGUGUAUCACCUUCCUCUAA